ACCUGUCUGUCUCAAACAUCUACACGUUGGCUCUGAACGGGAGCGAUUGCUGUACAGAUUCGAAGGCCUUCCUUUUCACUCUCUCAAGAUGGAAUCUGUGCACCAUGUGUCGACCUCGUCAAAGAUCCUGUUCAGUAAAGUACGAAAAAUAGUUCCUCCAAUGCUGGAGAGGUUUCACAAGGGGCAACUGGGUCGAGUGGCUGUCAUUGGCGGAUGUGUAGACUAUACCGGUGCUCCAUAUUUCUCUGCCAUGGCAUCUGCAAGACUAGGAUGUGAUAUGAGCCAUGUUAUCUGUGAACGCUCAGCAGCGUCUGUCAUCAAAUCGUAUUCGCCAAACCUGAUGGUUCACCCGCUCCUCCCGAGCAGCGAGACGGUCCAGAAUCCCAACUCUAUUGAUGUAUCGGCGCUGGCCAGUCCGAUUGUUUCUAUGCUCUCGCGUUUACAUGUGUUGGUGAUUGGGCCCGGGCUGGGUCGGGAUGGCGUGACGCUUAAGGUGGUGGCAGAGGUUAUGAAGGAGGCCCGAUCACGUUCGGUCCCUUUUGUUUUGGAUGCCGAUGGCCUGCUUCUUGUGAUGGAGAAUCCAAACUUGGUCAAGGGAUAUAAAGAGUGUAUCCUAACGCCCAAUGUGGUGGAGUUUGGUCGUCUUGUCAAAGCAUUGGGAAUCCAGGUCCCCAGCCAAGAUCAAGUCAAGGUUACGCCCGGCGAAGAUAGAACAAGCAAGGAGACGGAAGCCUGCGAGGAGCUGUCGAAUGCUCUCGGAGGAGUAACCGUCAUUCAGAAGGGACCGCACGAUGUGAUUUCCAAUGGCGUCACCAGCAUCGUUUCUGACAUUCCUGGGGGGCUCAAGCGAAGCGGUGGCCAGGGAGAUACCCUCACUGGAUCCCUGGGGACCCUUCUAGCUUGGAGAAGUGCUUACCAUGAUCGUCUUUGGGACUCGGGAGAACAGGACAACGUCAGGGAAGCAUCAACCAAGGCGGAGGUCGAGUCGGAGUUGGAGACUGGGGGCAAACGGAUGUCUCCAGCUACCACUCUUCUGCUUGUUGCUUGGGCAGGCAGUGGUAUUACGCGCGAGUGUUCGCGGCGCGCCUUUCAGGCAAAGGGCCGGAGCAUGCAGGCCAGCGAUCUGACAGAUGAAGUGCACGGCAGCUUUCUCUCGUUGAUUGGCGAGCCCAGUGGAUCCAAGGUCAAUCUUUAGCAAGGCAAGCUUUUUCUAAGCUAUACAUAGUAGUCAAUCGCAGCUCAGAGUUCCCUCCC